CCAACCACUACUCGCUCAUUCAGCCGCCUCCGCACCGUUACCCCGCAAACGCGCCUAGCACGCUAGCACCCGCGUCCCGCCGCAUCAAUCAAUCCACCAUCCACAUCCCAGCAACAGCAACCACAAAAGCCCCCAAUGCUGCGCGUCCUGCCACCGCAGCCCACGGGCAUCCCGUCCAUGUCCGCGACAAUGCCUCCUCCCCCGCAGCUAGGCGCACUGCCCACAGCCAUGCCCGCGCAACCGCUCCGGCCCAGCCAGCCCACGCGCAAACGCUCGCACAGCAUCGCGCGUCCGGACGACGAGGAAGAUGGAAACGAAGAAUCCAUGCGCUCCAAUUGCCGCGCCGCGAACACGAACACGAACCCAGCAGCAGCGCCGCCACACCUCCUCAAGCGCACCAGGACCUCCGCCGAGCUCGACGCCCUGCGCCUGAUCCCGCGCCACGAAGCCCGGCCCUUUGACCUCGGCAGCAUCGAGCUGGCCGAGCCUGUAUCUGUACCCAACAAUAGCGGCAGCCGCGCCAUCCCCCCCGGCGCACCAAUACUGCUCUGCGUGCUCGAACACACGGACGCGCACUGGCAGCUCCUAUGCGCCGCUCUCCCACACCUCUCCUCCCUCCUCCCAACCCUGCGCCCCGUCCUCCUCACCCGCGCCGCCCUCAACCCCGCCAUACGCGCGCACCUAACACCCGCACCCAACGCCGCCACGAUACCGCUUGCGCACCCAGCCGCCUCCUCCUCCGCCCCCUCGGUCCCCUUCCUGCUCCUCUCGCUGCUGCACCCCCUCGGCGGAGGCCAAACGCCGCUAGACGCGCUCGUGGUGCUCGACAGCCAGGGGCUGCGGCGGCUGGUGCUGCCGUUUGGAUGGGGCGCGGGGAAACGGGCUGGCGAGCAGAGUGUUGGGGGGAGGGUGGCGAGGGAGGGGCUGCUGGGGGCUUUGGGCGCGGCAGUGAGGGAGGUGGCGAGGGAGGAGGGGGCGUGAUUGGGGUGGGUGCGGUGUGUGUGAGAGUGGGGGGUGGAGUUUGGGUUUUGGUUUUUUUUUGGAGUUGAGUUGGGUUGGGUUUGGGCUCGAGGCAGGCAGGUUUGGUUUGGUUAAGGUUGGGUCUUGGGAACGGAAGGAUGGACGGACUGGCAGGCAUUGGACUCCAUUUACAUAUACAUACAUAGGGAAGGCGAAAAGCGAGCGCGCGUUUGCAGUUGGUUUGUCUGCAGCCUGCGCGCAUUUUAUUUCGAGAUGUAUUGUAAUUGUAUAUCAACAGCACGCAUGGACAGGCUCAAGAUAGUCAAGUGAACGGGAUGAAUUGAACCACGGUG